CUAUCCCCUACUAGUAUCCUCCUCAAACAACACCUUCUUUCUUCGAAACCAAGUUUUAUUUUACAUAUUUCUUCCAUACGCUACCUGUAUCUAUAAAUUCCCUCCCUAUUUUUAAGGUAUACCACUUUAGAGCAACCUUUUAUACUAUUAUUUCUAUUUUCAUUUUUGUUUUAUCUUUUAUAUAUAGGUACUUACAUAUCCUCCACCCCAAUAACUGCUACCAUGAGCUCAUCAUCCCUUGAUCUAUUCCUUAGACUCCAAACUGCAAACAGUGAGAUCAAAGGGUUUCCUGGUGGUAGUCUCACAGAAUUGGUGAGAGUUGAGGAUGCUGCCUUCAUCUUGCUAAACUACAUUGAGGGACAUAUAGUCCAAGUGGUUCGUGUUGGGGACUUCACCGUUCGUAUGAUCAUGCGAUCCCAUGAUUCUGAAAGCAUCAUGCUAAUUACCACUUGUAUGGUGGAAGGCCUCCACUGGCCCCUCACUAGGGAUGCACCUGUGAUUCGCAUUGGUGAUUAUAGCUUUGCUUUUGCCCUACCUGACCUUCUCUAUGGUGUUUCCUUCCCUAGGAAGGUGGGGGAGGACACCAUGGACUCUUUGGGGAUGGUCUUUAGCAAGUUCGGAUUCUACCAAGACAAUAGAGGAGAUGCUCCAACCGGACUUUGCAACACCGACCCAAACUUCUGGAUGAUUUGGCGACCCAAAAUUGAGGGAAUCAUGAACAAGCACUUGGUCCAGUUUGGCCAUAAGCCAGGAAGAUCACCUUCCAUCCUAAGUGGCCAGAAGGUCGACUUGCUGAGAGUGAUCCGAAUGUCGGCGACCACCCACCUAGUCAGCAAGGGCACACUUCUGGAUCUUUUCAUGCCCUUCCAUGCUCUCAUCACCAUUCAUGAUACCGCCUUAUGCUGGCCCAAGGAAACCUCACAUAUUGAUGGGUCAAAUACUGAUUCAGAUGAUGUGAUUUAUCCAAGUGUAACCAUUUUUAGUAGGUUGGUUGAGGCUGUGGACCUCAUGUGGGCGUUUGCCAUAGGAAAAUCUCACUUGUUGGAGAAACACCAACCUGCUAAGUGCCUCGUGCAGCCGUUGGCUUUUAAAACUUGGACACUAAACCCAGAUGGCAUUCUCUUUGUAAUGAAAAUGUUGUCGCACAUCACCACCCAAAAAGAAUCAGCUAAUGGAGGGAAAGAAGCUUCGACAAUAUGUAGCGAGGAUAUCAAGUUUCCCAUUCUAGAAGAGUAUGAUAUAUAGGUAAUUUUGAAGUACUAAUGGUGGAUCACUACCUAAUCAAAAGGUUGUUCUCUUUGAAUAAACAAAGUUAACUAGAAUA